AGUGUUAUUGUGUUUCAUGCCGUCUGUGGAAGCAGCCAUUUUUUCGACAAUUGGCCUAGUCUCUACAGCUCCCACAAGAAAAAUGGCCGGACGGAAUGCCACAACAAAACACAACAAACAGCCAAAUGCGCAGUAAUUUCCCAAUUAGACUCACCUAUUUCGAUGCAGUAGUUGCAAAAACACUGGUUUGUGGGCUUAUCUUCCGAUAAUUAUCCAAAUUCAUUCGUUUUUUGAAGAAGUAUUUCCUCUCAUGCCUGCCUGGAAGCUGCCAUCUUCUUGACAACCAGAGGCGGAGGAAAAUGGAAGAGAGUUGGCGUCACCCAAAGUAAACAUGGCGACAAAAACCCGCUCACUUACCAUAUCACACUCAAACGCAUAUGCCGUUUUGGUUCUUUUUCUUCACGAAUAAGCGAUACAUGGCUGUUGGUCCAACUGGCUGCAAGAUUGAAGGAUUUGCUGCAACCCUGGGUGGUAUGGUGAGUCUGUGGUCUCUGGCUGUGGUAGCGUUUGAGAGAUGGCUUGUUGUCUGUAAGCCUCUCGGGAACUUUGCCUUCAAGCCUAACCAUGCUAUAGCUUGCUGUGCAGCCACUUGGGUCUUUGCAUUGAUUGCUUCAGCUCCUCCCCUGUUUGGUUGGAGUAGGUAUAUCCCAGAGGGCAUGCAAUGUUCCUGUGGACCAGACUGGUACACAACCAACAACAAGUUUAACAAUGAGUCCUAUGUGUAUUUCCUGUUUGGGUUCUGCUUUGCUGUUCCCUUCGCUACCAUCGUUUUCUGCUACACACAGCUGCUUUUCUUGAUGAAAUCGGCAGCAAAGGCUCAAGCUGAGUCCGCCUCCACCCAGAAGGCAGAAAAAGAGGUGACAAGGAUGGUGGUUGUCAUGGUGGUAGGCUUCCUCGUGUGCUGGUCGCCCUACACCAUCUUUGCUCUUUGGGUCGUUAACAACCGUGGGCAGACAUUUGACCUGAGACUGGCAACCAUACCGUCCUGUAUGUCUAAAGCCUCCACAGUCUACAACCCAAUGAUCUACAUCCUACUCAACAAACAGUUUCGACAAUGUUUAAAGAAGAUGCUGGGGAUGAGCGGAGGCGAGGAUGAGGAGGGAUCAAGUACAUCAGUCACUGAAGUCUCCAAGGUCGGACCUGCUUAGGUUAUUCAUGUUCCAUUUGAUGACUUUCACACUGUAAAAGGACUGAAUUGAUGCAUACUGUGACAAGUGUAAAGAUGUUAUACUUUCAGAUUAAGAGUUAUAUGCAAAUAUAAAAUGCAAAAAAAAAUAAAUGAAUGAAUAAUGACAGUGUUUAUUUUGUCCUUUACCAGGGAACUCAUUAUGAGUUCUCUCUAAAAAACUAUUUUUUUUAGUCUAAUCCCUCCUAAAAUCUUGUUUUUUUUCACAAGAUGCAUGAUGAGGUCACUACAAAACCCAUAGUAGUUUUU